AUGUACGGUGACAUAAUUUACGGAGAUCCAUGGGCAACUGGCUAUCCACCUCGACGUGGUCAUAACGAAGGAAACCUCUUCAUGAGCUCGGGGGAUUUUCACGGAGAAAGACCGUUUCCCUUUUGGGAAAACCCAGCAGUUUACUUUCCACCUGCCAACCCCCAAAAAGUUUCCACAGGGAAGAAAACGAGACGAGCUCCAAAGGAUAAACAAACGUUGGAUGAUACGAGAGUCCCAUUGCAGCACAAUGCAAGGGAAAACCCCUUUUCGAGGCACAAGGGUACGAAACCGAAAGGGGACACAAAGCAAACGAGAUCAUCACGGCCAAAGAAAACCCAAGAUGAAUGGAAUAUACCUAUUGAGUAUCAACCCCAGGAAGAAACUGUGACGACCAACGACUCUAGCGAGGAGGCUUGGAGGGAAGAUCAUUGUGAUGCCACAAAUGCACUGAUUACAGAUAAUGAAGAACAAACCGCGGGCGAGACUGCACAGACCUCAGCCGAACACAGGUGUAUUCCAGUGACCACAGAGGAAGAAAGUGCAAAGGAAAGUCGACCGGUAGUGGAUAAUCAAGAUGACUCACCACCCGAAAUACAAACUGCAAACGAACAGAAACUUGCGGCAAUCAAGAAUGAAUUGGUGCGAGCCACAGAACUGAUUUCCAGGGUGGUGGCCUUUAAAGGAACAAGGAAAGACAAAGAAUUCCUUUAUUUAGAAGAAUAUCUAACUCGUUGCUUACUUGGUCUAGACUUAAUCGAAACAGACGGACAAGAGAAUGUAAAAUGCGCUCGAAGGGCAGCCGUGAAAUAUAUUUAUUCGAUUCUCAAUGAUCUAGAAGAUAGAGUCAGUGAUGAAAGCUAG